CAACAAUAUUAAAAACAUUAAUGAUGAUGUAAUAAGAAAAACUAGCAAUUGAUGAGAAGACUUUAUUACAAAUAAUUGAUAGAAUCUCUAUAUAAUUAGAUUACUUUGAGUCUAAAAUGUAAUAAAAUAUAAAUGUUUUAAUACUUGUUGGUAAUACAGGAUCAGGCAAGAGCACAAUUUUUAAUUUUCUUUGUGGGGCUAAGUUUAAAUAUGUUGUUACUGAAGAUGAUGAAUAUUUAGAUUUAGCUGAAAAGUCUGAUUUGUAUUCAGAAAUGAAUUCUGGAAUGAAAUCUGUUACUAAAGAACCUAAAUAUUAUUAUAAUGAAGCUUUCAAUCAUUUAUUAAUUGACUUUCCAGGAUUUCAUGAUACAAAUGGAGAGAUAGAUCAACUAAUUAUUUAGAUGAUUUUCUAUAAAUUUAUAACAAAAUCUAAUGUAAAAAUAGCAUAUGUAAUCACACAUCCAUAAAAUAAUUUUUUAGAAAGAGGAUAAGGGUUAUAAUAAUUUAUUAAUUCAGUAUUCAAAGAAGGAAAUAUAGAAAUUUCUAAAUUAGCUUUGAUUUUGAAUAGUUAUUAGUAGAAUUAGUCAGAUAAGAAAUUAAUUUUGUUAGUUUAAAAACAAUUAUAAGAUUUAUAAGAUGAUAAAUAUGAUAAACAUGAAUGGAUUUCAGUUAUUAGAAAAAUAUAAAGUGAAGAAUAAUUAAAUAAAGUUUUUUCAGAUGAAAAUAGAGAAAAACUGUGGUUAGAAUUAAUCACUGUGAAUGAAAUUUAAUUCUAACCUUAAGUUUUACCCUACAGUGAUAAAAUUAGUACAUAUAUUACAGAGAAAAGUAAUUAAAUAUUAACUUAAAUUUGUUAAUAAAUGGAUUUUAAUUUAACUUUAAAAUAGAAAGAUUUAAAUGACGAAUAAUUCAUUUUAUUGUAAAGUCUUAUUAAUUCAAUUCAACACAUUCUAUCAUCAACUCCAGAAUAUAUUGAAGAUUGGUUUAAUAAAUUUAUUAAUGUUUCAUUAGAAUUGUCAUAAACAUUUCAUUUUGAAAAUGAUAUUACUGAAAAUAGUUCAAAUUUCCUUAAAAUAUUUAAUUUCUUUUCAUUUUUCUCUGAAUUUAUAUGUGGAUAUACUGCAUUUGAAAAGCAUUGUAUUUAAGUGUAAUAGAAAUGUACUUAUUUCUUAGAAAACUUAUAAAAGAGAAUAGAAUUGUAAAGAGCAUUUGAAGAAAGAAAUAGAGAAUAAUAAAGUAGAAUAAAAGUAGAAAAUUAAUUAACGAAUGAAUAAUAAAUUAGAAUUUAAAAAGAGUAAAUGUAUACAUAAGAAUAUGAAAAUAGAAUAAAAUAUGAAUAAUAAUUAAAAAUGGAAUAGUAGUUGAGAACUAUUUUAGAAUAGGAUAAAAAAGGAAUGGAAAAAUAAUAUUAAGAAUAUUGUGAAAAAUCUUUAGAAAUUUAAUCUAAUUUAUAGAAAAUGAUAUAAAGUGAAAAAAUAGAAAAAUAAUAAGUAGAAUAAGAUCUUAAAAAACAAUUAUAAGAAUUAUAGAAUAAAUUAAAUGAGAUGGAAUAAAGAAGAAAAGAGUGGUUAGAACAUAGAGCUAAUCGUCCUCAUCAUGGUCAUCAUGGACCAGGACCUCAUGGACCAGGACCACAUCAUCCAUGGUUUAAAAAAUGA